AUGUCGAAACGGCCGAGCCAUGCGUCGGUCGCCAAUGGCGCCGCAACCCAGGACGACUCAACCUCCGCCGCUGUUACCGAGUUCGAUCGCUCUCACGACAAGCAGAAAAUUCUCUUCUCUACAGAUGCGGGGCACUUCUCUCUGAUCCGCGCGAUGCACCUCGCGGAUCUCAUUACUGAGUUGAAUGGCCUUUGCGGUAUUCUCUCCCUCUUCUCCUCUUUGCGGUACUGCCUUGGCGACCCCGCCGACAAGACCAACCUCUACUACGCGCUUGCCUUCCUCCCCUUCGGCCUGUUUUUCGAUUUCAUGGAUGGCAAGGUAGCGCGUUGGAGGAAGAAGAGCAGCAUGAUGGGCCAAGAGCUGGACUCGCUGGCUGAUCUGAUCUCCUUCGGCGUCUCUCCCGCCGUCGUCGCCUUCGCCAUCGGUAUCCGCACCCCUCUCGACCAUCUCUGCCUCGGCUUCUUCAUCCUCUGCGGCCUCACCCGCCUCGCCCGCUUCAACGUGACCGCGACCGCCAUCCCGAAGGACGCCAACGGCAAGGCCGCCUACUUCGAGGGCACGCCGAUCCCCACGACGCUCGGUCUGGACGCCAUCAUGGCCUACUGGGUGUCAAAAGGCUGGAUCCAUGACUCGCUUCCGUGGGGUACCAUGUUCCAGGGCACCGCGCUCGAGUUCCACCCUAUUGUGCUCAUCUUUAUGAUCCACGGGUGCUUGAUGACGAGCAAGACCAUUCACAUUCCCAAGCCUUGA